AUGAUGAUUCGCUCGCUCGCGCGACGGCGAACGGGGCCGUCGUCCACGCGCGUGGGGGGCGGCGCCAGGGUGCGGGCGGCGUCGGAGGGAUCGGAUGACGUCGGGACGUCGACGUCGUACACGUAUCGGGACGACGCGCGGGAGACGCGACGGCUGGCGGCUGGGUUGUCUCGGCUCUCGUUGGGGAACGCGAACGCGAGCGGGGGGCGGACGUUCGCCUCGCAACCGGCUGCGAUGUACGGGGACGAUGGGAUGGGUUCCGCGCCGGGGGGGGUGGGCGCGGACGUGCCGAGGAUUCGCGGUGAGAUUAAGCGCGUGACGUUUCACUCGAAGGACAACGGGUACACCGUGGCGCGCAUGGAAGUGGAUGGUUCGUGCGAGCUCCCACCGGGCGCGCUGGCGACGCCGAAGCGACGACGGAAGGACUCAAAGCCGACGCCCACGGUGACGGUGGUCGGGACGCUUCCGGGUGUGAGUGAAGGGCAGAUGUUGGAGCUCGUCGGACAGUGGAAAGAAAACGCGAAGUACGGAGUCGAGUUCGUCAUCACCGGCGCCCCGACCGAGUUGAAGCCGUCGAACGAGGAUGGUAUGUUGAGAUAUUUGAGUGGUGGCGCCUUGCCGGGGUGUGGGAAAGUCACCGCGCAGCGUCUCGUCGAUCACUUCGGCGUGAAUCUGAUGGAUGUGUUGAAUUCGCCGGACGCUGCGAAGAAACUUAUGAAGUGCGACGGAAUCGGUCCCAAGACGGCGCAAAAGCUUAAAACGAACUGGGACGAGACGCAAGGAAAACGAGAUGCGGCGGUAUUCCUCGAAAAGCACGGCGUACCGCUGCCUUUGGCGCAGCGAGCGGCGGCGCAGUACGGUCCAAUGACGGAGGACCUGAUUCGCAACAAUCCGUUUGAGGCUCUCGGAUCGGUGAGAGGUGCGACGUUCCAUCGCAUAGACGCGCUGGCGUCUAAACUCGGUAAAGAACCCGACGAUCCCGCGCGUUUGGGUGCGGCCAUCAUAGAAGUCUUGAGCGCCGCUGCGGUGAGUAGCGGACACGCGUACUUGCCGUGGUCCAAAAUCGUCGACGGCGUCCGCACUUUGGUUGGACAAUCCGCCAUUAUCGACGACGAUAACAUGCGUGCGGCGGCGGAGGCGAUGCGUCGUAAGGGUGAAAUACGCGUGCAGCGACUCCCAGAUCCCAAGUCCCCUCCCGGCUCCAUCGAUCCGUUUGAGGGCGACUGGAGCACGGCGGCUCUGUAUACGAGCGCCAUGCAUAGUGCGGAAGUCGCCGUCGCAUCGGACUUGACGAAUCGAAUGAAGCGAUCGAACAUUAAGGUUGAUUCUGCGCGCGUUGAGCGAUGGCUCGAGGCGGCGGCGCAGAAAGAAGGCUGGCGCACUCUGAGUGAAACACAAAAGGGCUUCGUACGGGUUGCAUUGGAGUCUCCGGUGACAAUCCUCACAGGAGGUCCGGGGACAGGGAAGACGUUCGCAACGCACGUCAUCGUGCGGCUUUGGCGCGCGAUGGGCAAGAGUGUGGUCAUGUGCGCCCCAACGGGCCGCGCGGCGCAGCGGUUGAUGGAGAUCACGACCGCGGGUCGCGACAUUGUGAAUCCCAUCAUGAGCUCGACGAUUCAUCGCUUGUUAGAGUUUAGAGCUACGGACGCGUUGGAGGGCAUGGAAGACGACGGUCCUCUGCAAGCGCUGUCGUACAAGGGUAGAUUCUCCCGGGACGCGAAGAAUCCGAUUCAGGCGGACGUCGUCGUCAUUGACGAGAGCUCCAUGCUCGAUCUUCCGCUCGCCGCCGCGCUCCUGGCAGCGAUACCCGCCAAUGCGCAGGUUGUCUUUGUGGGUGACGCCGAUCAGCUCCCUUCCGUGGGACCGGGCAGUCUCCUUCGAGAUAUGCUCGCCGCUCAAAGCGUGCCGAGUGUGGCGCUGACGGAUAUUUUUCGCCAAGCGGCGGCGAGUGGUAUCGUACGCGCCGCGCACGCUAUAAACGCUGGCGCAUUCAUCCCAGCGGAUAUCAAGGAGACGAGGUACGACGUGACCAUGAACGAGCUCCGCGUCGUCGCCGAUGCGAUCGAUGCCAGCGCACCGCCGAGUGAUCCGGAACUCAAACCCGAUUGUCUCUGGGUGAGCCUCCCAAACGAGUCGAACGCGAGCGUCGAAGCCGUCCUGGAUCACGUCCUCAACGACGUCCUUCCGGCUCGAGGCUUCUCACCGAACGAUUUGCAGGUGUUAUCACCCAUGCGCCGAGGCGUUGCGAGCACUGGAGCCCUGAAUAGCUGGCUCCAGGCUUCCCUGAACCCGAGCUGCGACAGCAAGGCAGAGGUAACCGUAGGUAGCUUUUACGGCGAUAUCACCUUUCGAGAGGGCGAUAGAGUGCUCCAGCAGCGCAAUGAUUACGAUAAAGAGGUUUUCAACGGCGAUCUCGGCACGAUUCGUCGCAUCAAUGCAAACGAUGGUAGUGCCAUCGUGAGCUUCGGCGCCGACCUGCGAGAGAUUCCGUACACUAAGAGCGAGCUUCGAGAUUUGAUCCCGGCGUACGCCAUGACGAUUCACAAGGCGCAGGGCAGCGAGUAUCGAGCCGUCGUCCUCGUCAUGACCAACGCCCACAGGCCUCUGCUCCGAAGAGAACUCCUCUACACGGGCGUCACGCGCGCCAAGGAGCUCCUCGUCGUCGUCGCCCCGAGAUCCGCACUGUCCGUCGCGAUCGAGACGCACGGCAAGGACAGCCGGUGCAGCGGUCUCGUCGACCGUCUCGCCGGGAGCGUCCGCGCGCCCCCGAUGCGACCUCGAUGA